ACUGAGCAAGGAUAUUGAAUUAUUUAUACCAGCUUUCCCGAAGAUGCGCCAAACGAACGCAGGCGGGAGGCAGAGGCCCUGCGCAGAAUCAACGCCAUAUUGAUGCCCUCGAAUACACCCUGGCUGUUUCCCACUAAGGUAGCUGCUUGCCUUGAACGUAGAAGAACAGCAGCUAAUGUAGUGGCACUGCUCAGCCUCGGCUUAAAUGUCUGUUUAUUCAUUUAGAAUGGCAGUGCCAUAUUGCUUGCAAACUAUUAUUUUGAUGGCCAUACUUCAGCAUGGCCAAGCUGGUCGGUUAUACACUGAACAAGACCCGCUGGACAUUUUAACCGGUGAUACUCUGAAGCAAACCUUGUCCAACUCUUCCACAGCCUGGCUGGUUCAGUUUUACUCGUCGUGGUGCGGACACUGCAUCCAGUAUUCACCCACAUGGAAGGCGCUAGCAGGAGACGUGAAAGACUGGUCUCAGGCCAUCCGUAUUGGAGUUCUGGACUGUGCACAUGAGAAGAAUUUUGACAUUUGCAAAGAAUUCAGCAUCCACUUCUAUCCUACAUUUCGGUACUUCAAAGCACAUAGUACUACCUUUGACAUUGGAAAGACGUAUCGAGGAGCAGAUCGAGAGAUUCAGACAGUAAGACAGCUGAUUGUAAACUUCAUCCAAAACCACACGAGGCAAAACUGGCCUGCUGGCUGUCCUUCACUGGAACCUGCCAGGACUGAGAACAUUCAGUCUUUGAUUGGAUUGAAAUCAGAUCGCUACACUGCGGUUAUCAUAGAGGAUGAAGAAUCGUACAUUGGAAGAGAGGUAAUAUUGGACCUUAUGCCAUAUGAAGGUGUGGUAGUGAAGAGGGUCCUCAAUUCAGAAAAGGUCCUUCUGGAAAAGCUUGGCAUCACCACUGCCCCUACUGCCUACCUCUUCUACCCCAAUGGGACACAUGCAGGCAUGGAUGUGCAGAAGAAAAUACGUUUUUUCUUUUCCUCCUUCCUCAAACUACUACCUGGAGUUCACCGGAAACAUUCCCCCUCAGUCCAGCAGCCUGAACUGGCAGCUUUUAAAGACCAGAGCACAAGUGAGCUGUACAGAGACUUUGACAAGUCUAAAGUGUACAUGGUAGACCUGGAGUCUGGCUUACAUUACCUAUUGAGAGUGGAGCUGGCAACUCACAAGACCUUAGAGGGAGUGGAGCUGAAAACCUUUAAAGACUUUGUCACAGUAGUGGCUAAGCUGUUUCCUGGACGCCAAUCUGUGGUUAAACUUCUAGAGACACUACUGGAAUGGCUGGUCAGUUUACCACUGGAGAAAAUUCCUUAUGAAGCCAUUUUGGACCUGGCCAACAACAAGAUGAGGAUCUCCGGACUGCACCUGACUGAGCGUGUGCAAUGGCUAGGCUGCCAGGGCAGCAGUGUGGCACUCCGAGGAUACCCCUGCUCCCUUUGGACCCUCUUCCACGUGCUCACUGUGCAGGCUGCCAGCCGGCCAGACGCGCUUGCCAACACCGCACUGGAGGAUGAUCCAUUGGCUGUGCUACAAACAAUGAGACUGUACAUUGGCAUGUUCUUCGGCUGCCGUGAGUGUGGAAAACACUUUGAGGAGAUGGCACAGGAAUCCAUGAGCCAGGUGAAGUCCCUGGAUGAAGCAGUGCUCUGGUUAUGGAGGAAACAUAACCAGGUUAAUGCCAGACUAGCAGGGUCAAUGAGUGAAGACCCCAUGUUUCCAAAAACACAAUGGCCCACUCCUGACCUCUGUCCAACAUGCCAUGAAGAACAAGAUGGGCUACAUGUGUGGAAUGAAGAUAUGGUCCUUGCUUUCCUCAAAAAACAUUAUAGUGCUGCCAAUAUCUCCCCCAAGUACACCAGUGAUAUCCAUCCAGAAGCAGGUGCAGUUGCAGCUAACAAAGCCAUAUCAACCCUAUCUAGUGUUAUAAUUAAAGGGUUGAAGCCAUCUCCUGAAGGUGUUCCAAAACACAUGAAGCAAACUGAUGAAAGUGGAACUGGAGGCAUCCAAAAGGAGCCUAAUCUCCCAUUCUUGGGUCUGGGCUUCUCUGGUGUGGACAUGAGUCUGUGUGUGCUGUUGUACGCAUUCUCUUGUGUCUUUCUCAUGCUCAUGUUCUUCUUCUUCCGUGUUCGCUCCAAAAGGUGGAAAAUCAAAAACCACAGACUGCAUGUAUAGCAGACAAAUGCCACGUUCAGAAACUCUUGGGAGAGACCUCAGUGUAAUAUAGGAAGCUCCUGCUAGGGGGUUGAAGGAUUUUUUAAUAAUUAUUUUUUUUUUAAUUUAUUUGGUUAUUGUAUUUUUUUGCUGUGUUGAGACUAAUGUCCUAAUGGCGAGGCUGAUUUAUGAAUUUCAUAGAAAUUAAGAUCAUGUAUCUGACCUACUUGUAAGGUUAAACUCUAAGUGGCUGUUUUUGUCACUCCUAAUACAAGCAGAGGUGAUGUUUUAAAAGGUCAAAACUGUUUUACAAAUAUUUUAAUCAAAAGAGUACCGAGGUCUAAGAAGUCUAUUUUUAUGGAAAUAGUAUGUAUAACAGUUAUUUAUAGACAUUAUGAUUAAGCAGAGUAUGCCCUUAAAUGCAAAUUGUUGAAUUGUUUACCCCAUCAUUGAGGGUUAGCAGCGAAGCUGACACCCUUUAAAUCACUGCCUUCUAAUGACCUGCAUUUAAACUGGAUAGAAAUGACCGAUGUUUUGUUGCGUUUAACUCUUAGAUGUGUUUUAUAAGGUAGUCUGUACUGUGAACCUUUGGCCUCUUUGUUAAUGGUCUUUAUAGGACCUCAUCAUUAAUUCAGUUCACAUAGUGUUCUGUGAUGGGAUUCUGAGUUGCGUGCCAGUGCACUGGACCAUUUACUGAACUUUUUUACCUUGUAGCUUGUUAUAUUAGUCAUGUAUUGUACAUCAGUGCAUUGAGCAGCAUUUCCUCAGGCUCACAUGAUUGUAGCCUUUUUUUUAUGCAGUUCAGUACUGCUGAUUUUUAUUUCUGUGCCCAAAAUUCCAUCUAGUGCUCUAAAACCAAAACAGUGCGAUGUUGAACCUAUUUUACUAGCUCAGUUAGUCAGCUACUGUGAAAUUAUGUUGUGGUAUCUCACUGAAAGCAUGCUUAAAUUAUUGAUAUGGAAAUUGACUGUCUUAAUGCAUCUACUAUGAUGAUAAGCAAUUCCUAUUAUAUUCCUAUCUUGACUGUUGAAUCAGGACUAUUUCAGCUGGAUUUUUUUAAUCAUUGGAAGAAUAUUGUGAAUUGAGUACAUAACAAAAGAUUAUCACAGCUUUAAUAUCAGAUCAUAUGUUUUAAUUUUGUGUUUAGAAGCUUCAGGAUCUAAAGCCAUUUUAUCAGGUAACCUGAAGUCUUUAAUAGCCAUGUGCACUACAGACAGUGUUUUUUGUCAGGAUGAUCUUUGUGUAGGAAUUGUGUGUAAAUACAGGAACAUUUUAGUUUCACUCAUGUUUCCAUUUUCAGCAUUGAUGAGCUUUCCCAUUUAUUUAACUGCAUUAAAUGUGAACUGUUUUUAAACCUGUUAAAGCAGUUAUGUAAUUCGGUGUGCUUGUUUUGAUGAAUUAGCCUUAUUAAAUGACUGCUUCUGUGUCAGGAGAGUACGUAAACAAACCUCUCCCAUGUUCAUAGGUACACAGAAAAGUGGCCUUUUCAGCUGCUACAAAAUUACAAUGUUUUAUUUUCUGUAGUUUUAAGUAUGGAGUAUUUUUACGUGAAGAGUAUUUUUGGAGUUGUCAUGUAUACAUUGUUGUGUAGUUGCAGUUGUGGAAUUGCAGAAUUUUUUUAUGAUAUUGUAAUUUGUUUGAAAAAUAAAAUGUGUUUAUUGGCACCAUUCAUGAAUUUCUGAUUUAUUACUGAGAUGUUUGGAUUUCUCAUAUAAAUGCUACAGUUGAGUUUAACCUUCGUGUCCCUUCUUGUCAACUCUAAACAUCACCAUGAGAUUACUGUGGACGGUGCCACACGCACACCUUAAAGAUGGUUUUAGAUGUUCUUUCUUGCAUAGCCUAAAGACUGCAAUUGCUAAAAACAGUUCACACUUAAGCCUCCAACACUGAACAGCUGAAAACUUCAGUUUGAUACUAUAAAGUUACAACUCUAAUGAUUUACAUACAUAAAGUUCCUUUCAGCACAAUUAUCACUAUUUGGUUCUGUAGAAUACAGUUACAUAAGAGAAAUUAUUUAUCAUCACACUAUUUGGUGUCACCCAGAUGAGCGUGGGUAGAGUCUAAGGUUUCAUCCUCUUGUCAUCUCUGGGAGUUUUCCUGUGCCACUGUCACCUCAGUCUUGCUUGUUGGGGAUAAAUGUACAAUUUUUAUUUAAAUUUUAUAUUCAGAUUUCUGUAAAGCUGCUGUGUGACAAUGUCCAUUUGUAAAAGCACUAUAUACAUAAAAUUUAAUUGAACUGAAUACA